CUUCACGGAGAGACUCCGACCAGAGCAUGGCCGAGACUCUCUCAAGCAUCAAGAGAAAAGAUCUUGCUCCAGCUGAGACAUACUGUUCAAGAGAUGCGAAAGUUGCCCGCACCAAGCGCGAAUAUAUCGAAUGUGGGCGGAAGCUCUCUUUGGAACUGCAGGCUCUCGUCUGGCGUCCUCGAUUUGGCCCGUUCGAAGCCACACAUAUGUUUCUUCGCCGCGGCCCUGAGAAAGCGCCACCAGGAUUCCCAGAGGUUGAAGAGAUGAUUCAGCUACACGGGUUACAAUGGGGCCCGGGUGUCUUUACGCAUGGGGAUCUGAGCUGUUUGAAUAUUCCCGUUAGAGGGAUAGUAUCGUGGGCAUAGUGUACUGGGAAACCGCUGGCUGGCUACCAUCAUACUGGGACUACACUACUGUAUGCCAGGUGCACCAUUAGGUAGAAAUGCAUCCUGGGGAGAGUGGACUAGUCAGUUCUUAGAUCCGUGGCCCAAAGCCCUUGAAAUGGAAAGAGUGAGACAGAGAUGGUGGGCAGUAAUUUGA